GGCCGGGCCGGGCGGUGCUGGCGGCGGCGGCAGGAGGAAGAUGGUGGCAGCGGGAGGAGCGGCUGGCUGCCGGGCUUUCCGCCCCACGCUGCGCUGUCGCCCCCGCCGGAGCCGCCCUGCCUGCUGAGCUGAGAUAGACAAAAUGUGGAUAGCAUAACUGACCUACCCACCAGAACUUGCCAUGAACCAUUUGGGUGGACCACCUGAGGGGGAGGUAAGUGAAGAACCAGCAAGUGGAGCAGUGAAUGAGUCUGUGGAGGCUGACCUGGCGCACUCGGAGGUGGAAGAGGAGCAGCGUUAUGCAACUCGCUACCCAAGGCAUGCAAACAGCGUCCCAGGGGGCCUGUCUGGGCAGGAGGAGGAAGGGAUGUUAGCUCGUUCAGCCAGCACUGAGAGUGGUUUCCACAAUCACACAGACACUGCGGAAGGGGAUGUGAUAGCCACGGUGGAGGGCAGUUAUGACACGGAGAGAGUUCAAGAAAAUGAGGAUGAGAGCGCCUAUGCGGUGCAGUACAGGCCCGAGUCUGAGGAGUACACAGAGAAUGCUGAGGCUGAACAUGGUGAGGCCCUUCAUAAUCGAACAUUGCCCAAUCACUUACACUUCCAUUCCAUCGAACACGAGGAAGCCAUGAACGCAGCCUACUCGGGUUAUGUCUACACACAUCGGCUGUUCCACCGAGGGGAGGAUGAGCAGUAUGCUGAGCCUUAUGCUGACUACGGACUGCAGGAGCACGUGUAUGAGGAGAUAGGUGAUACACCAGACCUUGAUGUUAGGGAGGGGAUCCAACAGUAUGAGCGGGAAAGGGAGGAAGCUGACAAUUACCGCAAGGAGGCACUUGGUGCCCGCCUUCACCAUUACGAUGAACGGUCUGACGGGGAGUCUGACAGCCCCGAGAAAGAGGCAGAGUUUGCACCCUACCCAAGAAUGGAUAGUUACGAGCAAGAGGAGGAUAUUGAUCAGAUUGUAGCCGAGGUGAAGCAGAGCAUGAGCUCCCAGAGCUUAGACAAAGCAGCUGAAGACAUGCCAGAGUCAGAGCAGAGUCUGGAGCAUGGUCACGCCCUUACUAGUGGCGGGCAUGAAAGUAAUGGCCAGGUCACAGCUGGUUCUCGAGUUACACCCAGCUCAGGAGAAUCUGUACAGCGGUACAGCAAGGAAAAGAGAGAUGCCAUUUCCCUGGCCAUCAAGGACAUUAAAGAGGCUAUUGAGGAAGUGAAGACAAGGACCAUCCGUUCUCCCUAUACCCCUGAUGAACCGAAGGAGCCAAUCUGGGUGAUGAGGCAGGACAUCAGUCCAACCAGAGACUCUGAUGACCAGAGGCCACUAGAUGGAGACUCUCCAUCUCCAGAUUCCUCUUCACCUCGGGGCGCUGAAUCGUCAAGUAGGCAACAUCACCAGGAUGCCUGCAGUACAGCAGAGGGCUCCACUAAUAAAGAGUCCAGAAAAAGCUUGGCUUCAUUUCCAACCUAUGUUGAAGUUCCUGGACCUUGUGAUCCUGAAGACUUAAUCGAUGGAAUAAUUUUUGCUGCCAAUUACCUUGGCUCAACUCAACUCCUUUCUGAUAAAACUCCCUCCAAGAAUGUGAGAAUGAUGCAGGCUCAGGAAGCUGUCAGCAGAAUCAAGAUGGCCCAGAAAUUAGCCAAAAGCAGAAAGAAGGCCCCGGAAGGUGAAUCUCAGCCCAUGACUGAAGUGGACCUCUUCAUUUCUACACAGAGAAUAAAAGUACUGAAUGCAGACACACAGGAAACCAUGAUGGAUCAUCCCCUGCGGACCAUUUCUUACAUUGCAGAUAUAGGAAAUAUUGUUGUGUUGAUGGCUCGUAGGCGAAUGCUUCGGUCUAACUCCCAAGAUAAUGUGGAAGCAUCUCAUCCUUCUCAAGAUGGGAAGAGGCAGUACAAAAUGAUUUGCCAUGUAUUUGAAUCUGAGGAUGCACAACUGAUUGCACAGUCCAUAGGUCAAGCAUUUAGUGUGGCCUACCAGGAGUUUCUGAGGGCAAAUGGAAUCAACCCCGAAGAUCUUAGCCAGAAGGAAUAUAGUGACUUGCUCAAUACCCAGGACAUGUACAAUGACGACUUGAUUCACUUCUCCAAAUCUGAAAACUGCAAAGAUGUUUACAUUGAAAAGCAGAAGGGUGAAAUCCUAGGUGUAGUGAUUGUUGAGUCUGGCUGGGGAUCCAUUUUGCCUACGGUUAUCAUAGCCAACAUGAUGCAUGGAGGACCAGCAGAGAAGUCUGGGAAGCUGAACAUAGGGGACCAGAUCAUGUCAAUCAAUGGGACCAGUUUGGUUGGUUUGCCACUCUCAACAUGUCAGAGCAUUAUAAAGGGUUUGAAAAACCAGGCCCGGGUUAAACUGAACAUAGUUAGGUGUCCUCCAGUAACCACAGUCUUGAUCAGGAGACCAGACCUCAGAUACCAGUUGGGCUUCAGUGUGCAGAAUGGGAUUAUCUGUAGCCUUAUGAGAGGUGGCAUAGCAGAGCGGGGAGGUGUCCGUGUUGGCCAUCGGAUCAUUGAAAUCAAUGGACAGAGUGUUGUAGCAACACCCCACGAGAAAAUUGUUCACAUUCUCUCAAAUGCUGUUGGUGAGAUUCAUAUGAAGACUAUGCCAGCUGCCAUGUACAGACUGUUGACGGCGCAAGAGCAACCAGUUUACAUCUAAAGCUGACACCUCACCGUCACGAUGUGCAUGGAGGAUGUUUUUCCUCAUUAGUGCUUGUCUCUCUAGUGCUGCAUUUCUGUGUCUGUAGAGACAAUUCUUCCUCUUUCUCUCUUUCUAUCUCCAUCACAGACACAAACACUGUCUCUCUCUCCUCCAUCCCUUUUUCCUCUUCUCCCCACCGUUUUCCUGUAUUUUGGGAAAGGGCAAAAUAUAUCUGUGUGACUCUUUUGGUUGCAUUUUUUUACAAGUGAAACUUCAUGCAGUUCCACGUGCAAAACAGGAAAAUAACAGCAGCAUUGCUUAUAGCAGUACUCAAAAAGAAGCUAGACUGUGCUUCCAUGCUUCAUAAUCAAAUUUAUUUUUGUGGCUAUAAUUUGACAAACUGAGGAAAUUAAAUGUUGCUGAAUGAAGGAUGUCUUUCCCAAACAUGUAUAAGUAUAGGGUGCAAAGCACUCUUUUGGAUAUCUGGCAUGUGACUUCUCUUUUCUUGCUCAACUUUCCCGCAGGCACUGAGCUCACUAUGAAAGAUUUAUGUCUGUUGGGAAAGUAGAAUACCAAAAAGAUAGUUUUGCCCUCAGGAAGAAUUACCUGCUUAUGAAGACUCAGUAAAUGCUGCUGUUUUAAAAUGGACUGUCCAAAUACACACCAUUUAAUUGCCUUCUGUCAUCAGUUUGUCAUGACAGUAGGACCCAAAGAGUCUUCUGUAAGUUGCUGAAACAUGUUACACUUGCAUCACUUACACCAUGUAAUUUGGGAGGCAUUUUUUACAGGUGCCUCCUCCUCUCUGACCCCAGGUUUACUUCUUUAUUUUCUUCUCCUUUAUUUUUAAAUGCAAUGUGUCUUUUAUAGUCCCUUUCCUAUUUUAGAGGUUAAAGGGAGGGGGAAGGAUCUUUAAAUAUCUACAAGAGAAAUAGUGAGGGGAUAUCCUGAAUAACUACACUUUUUCUAGGCUCUUAAUUCCUAAUUUAGUGCACAUAGACAUGUGUGCUGGUGUACAUAGACAUUUUUAAAAUUGUGCUUGCUAUUUAUGAAGUUUGAAUAUAAGAGAUCUGCAGACUAUUCUAAGUAAUUUUGUUCUAUGAGCCAGUUUUAACAUAUAUUUUUGUCCAAAGACCUAAUUUUAUUGGCUUUUUCUUUAGUUCAUUAUAUAGAUAAGAGUAGAAGGGACAAGGUGGGAACAAACUUAUUUAUUUUGUUAUAUAAUUUAACUUGGGAUUUUUUUCCAUGUGUAUGGCACUUAAAGGAUGAUAUGUGUGUACUAUAUGCACUUGUAUUAGGUUGAUAAACUGUAGGGAUGUAUGAAAUCUAGGAUUUGAUUUGUCUCUGACUUGCAUGCUAGAGACAAAAAGGGGAUAAAGGAGUUGGGCUGGGGUUUUUUAAAGGGUGGGGCAGAGAGAGGGGAGAGAAGCAGUGUCUUUUCUUCCUGCAAAGAGGAAAAUUCUCCAUUCUCCAUAGUUACUUUUUACCAGGACUGUGUACUGACAUUAAUGUUGAAAUUGAACCAUGCGUUUAGUGCAGGCCGAUAAGUUGAUUUCUUUUAAAAAAACAAGUUUUUGUGUUUUGAAGUGAUAGAAAGGCUCAGCAAGAUGAAAACUAAAGUGUGCACACAAAGCAGCCACACACCACUUCUGCUUUGCAAAUAGGCUGUUGGUCAUAGUCACUUUUUUUGCUCAGUUACUGUGGGGUGGACUGUGCAAUGUAAGUGUUGUUUACAGUCCAAUAAUAAUAAGUAGAUGUUACAGCAGAGAUUCAUGGAAGUGCAUAUAUGUGUGUGUGUGUGUAUGUGCAUACACACACUUGGUGCAAACACUGCUGAGAGACACUCAGCACAGGUUCAUUUUUGGCUUUCAGAAACCAUAGAUUUCUGUGGUCUGAUCAGAGGUAGAGAAUAAACUUCAUAUGUCCAUGGGAGUUAAUUAAGUGGUUCAUAAACUAUUGUAGUAAAUUAAUAUGUGUUGAGAGUAACGUAUGAUGACUUGGUUUUGCUGCAGUUCUUGUUGUUAUAUAUUUUAAUCCCAGUUUCCAGACUAGCAGAGUGCACAAGAGAGCAGUGUUAGUAUCCCAGGUUAGUACUUAUCUCUGCUACCUGACUGAUGCAACUAGACAGUGAAUGAAUUGUGAGUGUGUUGUUUAACUGUAGACAUCUGGUUUAUGAUAAUUUGAACUUUUCCCCAGAAUUUUCCAUAUGUGUAGUAAUAAAUGUAAAUAUGAUAUAUAACCAUGUACAAUUUAGAGGAUUAUAUUACAGUGCAGCCUUUCUGUAAGUUGCCUGAGGAAACUCGGUGAACUCUUGAAGACACAGUUAUCAUGCUUCUGGUUCCUGCUAUGUUUACACUCUCAGCUUCACUUGUUUUUGUGGUUCUGUCCAACUCAUGUGGUGGGGUCUUUAACUCAGUUCACUGUGAAAUGGUGAAGACCCAACCACGCAAAUGUAUUUUGGGGAUGAAACAACUGUUUUCUUUGAAAAUCUUGCAGCCAAUAUUCUGUGAAGUUACUGUCACUUGAGUGCUUGGUUCAUGGUAAAUAGCAUUAAGCAAGUGAAUGCUUGCAGGAUCAGAGUCUAGCAAAAAAAUCUGUUUUUCCAUUUAUGUGGGUAAGAAUUUCUAAACCAGGAGGUCCAUAGUGUGUGCACUUCUGAUGACAGUUUUGUAAACAAUACCAUUUUACUUCAUAAAGGGAGUUACAAGAAAUAGGAGCUCAAAAGAAAAAGCUAUCAGUUCUCCACGCUUUUGCAGCAGUUUGUGAGACUGCAUAUGUGAAUUUUUAACAGAUUCAGAAGAGCAAACUGCUGGUUUACAUACCUUCUGCAGUGACAGACCUGAAUUUUUUUUCAUCCUUGCUGCUUCAUACAGUCUAAUUACCUCUUCUGUGUUUACAUUAAGGAUGGAACAUCCUUUUUAAUUUUUUUUUUUAAUUAUUGGCAAGUUUCACACAUUUCUUUUGAAUCUUUUUUGAAUUUGGGAUCCCGCUGGGAUUUCCAGGUUUGCUUGCUUUCCUUCUUUUCUAAAUGAAAUGUAUUUCUGAAGACAGCAACGUGGUUGAGAUCUCUUGUACAUACUUAGCGCAGUACCUAGGCUAUGAAAUCGUACUAUUGUUCUGUAAAGAGGAUGAAUAGAAAUUAUUGUAAAGCGUUGGAAAAAGUAUAGUAUUGUAUUUGUAACAAUAUUGUUCUUUGUAAACAUUUAAUGAUCUCUCUAUAUAAAUACAAAUAUAUAUAUAAAUAUAUGUGAGCCUGGAAUGUUGAUACUGCACAUUUACUGAAUGUAAUUCCUCCGAUGUUUUUUGCCACAGGUCUCUGACCUCUGUAAUGAAGCUGUGGUGGUUCGAUUAGGGGAGAGGGCAGGUGGGAGAGGAGUAGGAUUUUUGUUUUGGGUGGGGCAGGGUGGAGCGUUUCUGGCCAGCUAUUUUGUUGUGAUGUGUUUACUGUGCUACAUUCCUUUAUUUAACAGAGUGCUAAUGUCUGUAAGAUUUGCAACAAUAAAAUACAAAACAAA